GUGGCGUGGGGCGUUAGCGGCGGGUGCGGGCCCCCGAGCUGCGUUAGCGUGGGUAGCGCACCGGGUGACUCCGUGCGGCGCGCAGCCUGGCGGGGCUGUCCCUCACCAGGACCCCGGCAAUGUCUGGCUCCCAGGCAGCGCUGGCCGUAGCGGCGUGUCGGCUGCGGCGAUUACCGGGUUAAGCGCCAGCCUCCGGGGCCCCCUGUGCCCGCGCAGAGACGCCUCCCGGCCCCUCCCAGCGCCCCCUCCCGAGCCACCGACCCGGCCGCGCGGGGAUGAGGCGGCGCAGCGGCACAAAGGCUCCUCGGGGGCUGCCCGUUGCCUAGUGCGGGCGCGGCCCGGCUCCCCAUCCCCUCAUCCAGCUGGCCGGCCUCCCUCUGGCUCCCCCCCCCCUUCCCGUGUCCUCCAAGCUCCCCCACCGCGCAGCGGCUCCGGGUCCCUGCCCUGCUCCCACGGCCUCCUUUCCUCUCUCCCUGGGGACCGGCAGGCGGGAUCCCCCGCCUCCCCUCCCCGCUCAGCUCGGGGCCCCGUGGGGGAGGAUGUCGGAGGAUCACGAAAUGGAUAAAAUGAUUAAGGAAACCUCCAUUUUAGAGGAGUACAGCAUUAACUGGACUCAGAAGCUGGGAGCUGGAAUCAGUGGUCCAGUUAGAGUCUGCAUGAAAAAAUCUACUCAAGAACGGUUUGCACUGAAAAUUCUUCUUGAUCGUCCAAAAGCUAGAAAUGAGGUACGUCUGCACAUGAUGUGUGCAACACAUCCAAAUAUUGUUCAAAUUAUUGACGUUUAUGCUAACAGUGUGCAGUUCCCUCAUGAAUCCAGUCCAAGGGCUCGGCUUCUAAUUGUAAUGGAGAUGAUGGAAGGGGGAGAGCUAUUUCACAGAAUCAGCCAGCACCGGCACUUUACUGAGAAGCAAGCAAGCCAAGUAACAAAGCAGAUAGCUUUGGCUUUGCAGCACUGUCACACAUUAAACAUUGCACACAGAGACCUCAAGCCUGAGAAUCUCCUCUUCAAGGAUAACUCUUUGGACGCUCCAGUUAAGUUGUGCGACUUUGGAUUUGCCAAGAUAGACCAAGGUGACUUGAUGACACCCCAGUUCACUCCAUACUAUGUAGCACCUCAGGUACUGGAGGCACAAAGACGACAUCAGAAAGAGAAAUCUGGUAUUAUCCCUACCUCACCAACACCCUACACUUACAACAAGAGCUGUGACUUGUGGUCCAUGGGUGUCAUUAUUUAUGUGAUGCUGUGCGGAUACCCUCCUUUUUACUCCAAACACCACAGUCGGACAAUUCCAAAGGACAUGCGGAAAAAGAUCAUGACAGGAAGUUUUGAAUUUCCAGAGGAAGAAUGGAGCCAGAUCUCAGAAAUGGCAAAAGACAUUGUGAGAAAGCUGCUGAAGGUAAAGCCCGAGGAACGGCUGACUAUAGAAGGAGUCCUGGACCAUCCCUGGCUAAACUCCACUGAAGCUCUCGAUAACAUUUUGCCCUCUUCCCAAAUGAUGAUGGACAAGGCAAUGGUUGCUGGGAUACAACAGGCUCACGCAGAACAGCUUGCUAACAUGAGAAUCCAAGACCUCAAAGUUAGCCUCAAACCCCUCCACUCUGUCAACAAUCCAAUUCUACGCAAGAGAAAAUUGCUAGGCACUAAACCGAAGGAUGGUGUCUAUAUCCAUGAUCCUGAGAAUGGAAGUGACGAUUCCAAUGUGGCUCUGGAAAAACUCAGAGAUGUCAUUGCACAGUGUAUUCUACCACAGGCUGGUAAAGGAGAGAAUGAAGAUGAGAAACUGAAUGAAGUGAUGCAGGAAGCAUGGAAAUAUAAUAGGGAGUGUAAGUUAUUGCGAGACACUCUACAGAGCUUCAGCUGGAAUGGCAGAGGAUUCACAGAUAAGGUGGACCGGCUAAAGCUGGCAGAAAUAGUGAAACAAGUUAUUGAAGAGCAGACAAACUCCCAUGAUUCACAAUAGCUAGAGCUUGUUACUAUUUUUUUUUUUACCAUUUGAAAGCUAUUCUUUAACUGUAAAAUAUUUUUAUGUAAAUUAAUAAAUCAUAAUUUUCAUUAAAUUUC